GUCUUCAUAAAAUCAGACAGAAAGAUGUACUCACGUGAAACUUAUUUCCGGCUUUAGGUUUCCGGUUUAGCAAUGCCACCUACCGAGAACUUUGGGCAAAAUGGCUGCGCCCGGAAAAUCUAUUUCCGGGUUUCCCGAUGUUGAAGUUUUGAGGCAAAUGGCUCGAGGAGAGCUUGUGGACCUACUUAAGUCGAUGCCAGGUAAAAAAGAUCUUGUGAUAGAGCCAUCUCUUAUGAGACCCUUGGAUAGAAUAGCAGGGGCAUCUUUACUCAAGGAAAAUGGUAUUGAGAAAAUCUUCAAGUUAGAGCCAAAGUUGAAGUGUGUCCAAGGUAGUGGCCAGCGUAUAUAUCUGGUGCGUCCUGAGAUGCUCACAAUGAAGCAGGUUGCAGACCACAUCAAUGCUGAUAUUGCAGUGGACUCAGUGCAGAAGAAGUACAAGAUACUCAUGGUGCCAAGAAAGCUUCAUGUCUGUGAGCAGAUUCUGGAGCAGGAAGGUGUACACGGUUAUGUCACAAUAGAAGAAUUCCAGCUAGACUUCAUACCUCUUGACACGGACCUUGUAUCACUAGAACUACCAGAGUUCACAAGAUCCUGUUUAAUGGAUGGGGAUCAGAGUUGGAGCCACACUAUAGCCAAGUCCCUUGUCAACCUUCAAACAUACUUCGGCAUCAUUCCAAAUGUCUAUGGACAUGGCAAGAAUUCCAAGAUGGUGUUUGAGUUAAUGCAGACCAUGUUUGAGUAUGAUGAACCAAAACAAAUCAAUCAUGAUAUUGGAAACCUCUUCCUCAUAGACAGAGAUAUCGACUUUGUGACACCCUUGUGUUCGCAGAUGACAUAUGAGGGACUUCUUGAUGAUAUAUUCAGCAUUGACAGCGGUUUCGUGGAGUUUGGAUCAGAAGUAACAGGAACUGAAAAGUCUGUGAAACUGCUGCUCUCUAGUCAGGACAUGGUUUACCAAGAUAUACGCAACAAGCAUUUUUCUAUGGUAUUCAGCUAUCUCAGUAACAAAGCUAAGGAGCUACAAACAGGCUAUGAUAAACGUCACAAUCUUGCCUCAGUAUCAGACAUGAAGAAUUUUGUUCAGAAUGACUUGAAGGAUUUGAAACAACAACAUAAGUCAUUGACCUUACAUAUUGGAGCUUGUGAAGUGAUUCUCAAUAACAAAACAAAGGGAGGGGACUUUGAGGAACAGAUGCGGACAGAACACAGUCUCCUAGAGGGAGUAGAAGGAAAGGAGAAUUACAAUUAUUUAGAGGAAUGUAUAAACAGACAAUAUAAUGUCACAAUGGUGCUACGACUGCUAUGUUUGAUGUCACUAACACAGGAUGGUCUUUCCUCCCAGAAUUAUAAGACAUUGAAGACGCAACUAUUGCAGAGUCAUGGGUUUGAGUUCAUGCUGACGUUUUUCAACCUGAAGAAACUAGGCCUGCUGACAGAGAAGCAAGAAAGUCGGAUAAAUGUCCCGCAAACACCUGGUUCCAAGCAUCUUCAAAAGAUGGCAUCAAUAGCAACCAUUCCCAAGAAAAGUUCAUUCCAAGCAAUAAGCAAAAAACUCAAUCUAGUACCUAAAGCAGCUGAAGAAGUGGACCUGAAGAACCCUAACGACAUGUCUUAUGUAUAUAGUGGGGCAUACACACCAAUUAUACCACGCCUUGUAGAACAGGUUCUCCAGAAAGAUGGCUGGUCUCACAUAGAAGAUGUAAUCAAACUUCUACCAGGCUCAGAAUAUAACUUCUCAAGCUCCCGGGCAAAAUCAGCUAAAGGUAAAGGAGGUGGUUCAAUCCAUUCUCUAGACCCCUCUUCCAAAGUGGUCUGUGUUUACUUCAUUGGUGGAUGUACUUACUCAGAGAUUGCAGCACUAAGAUACCUUGGAAAAAUGAAAGGAUACAAGUUCCUAAUAGCAACAACUGGUAUACUGAGUGGAAAUAGACUAAUAGAACUACUAACAGAAACGCCAUCUAUCUAAACACAACUCACAUAUUUACA